GUUCGAACACACUGUACUAAUACUAUGUAGAAUUGAUUGCGUGUGUGGACAGCAUUAUGCCCAGGUCUGAUUUCCGCCGUUUCAUAUACAUAUCACCAUGGUAGCCACGAAAGUAAAAUUAGGCGUGUCAGCUGGAGUGGGUUUACUGCUAUGCGCCAUUGGUCUGGCGCUGAUACCAGCCUUCAAUGUUUUGAUUCACAGGACUGUCGAAAAGCAAUUGAUUCUAGAACCUUCGUCGUAUAUAUACGAGAAUUGGAAGAAGCCUAGCGACCCCAUUUAUAUGCAAUAUUGGCUAUGGGAUCUUCAAAAUGAAUACGAGUUUAGGAAUGGAGACCAACCUGCUGUUCUCGAACGAGGUCCUUAUACUUACAGAGAGUACCAAACCAAACACAAUAUCACGUGGAAUGCAAAUGGAACGGUGUCAUAUCGAAAUGUACGUCAGUACGUGUUCAUACCUGAGAUGUCGGUAGGACUGGAAAACGACACAGUAAAAACAAUAAAUAUUCCACUUGUGACCAUCGCCAGUAUGUUGAAAAAUAUGCCGUCAUUGAUAGAAACACUUGGUGAAUACAUUGUAGAUGUUUUAGCAUUGGCUGACAAGGAGACGCUAAUCAAAACUUUGUCGGUGAAAGAUAUACUUUGGGGAUAUACCGACCCCAUAUUCAAAUUGAUAUACGAAGUGACGGGGACAUCGUUCGUGCCAAGUCCUGAUUUUGGGCUCUUCUUAGGUCAAAAUGACACAGAUGAUGGAGAGUUCACGGUGUAUACUGGUAAACUGGACAUUAAUAUGUUAAACAUAAUUGAUAGAUGGAAAGGAGAAGAUCAUUUAUCCUGGUGGUCAGAUAUGUAUGCAAAUAUGAUAAAUGGAACCGACGCCACUUUAAAUCCCCCGUUUAGUAAUCCAAGUGUUAUGCACUACGUAUUCCAGUCACUGGUGUGCAGGUCGUUGCAUGGUGCGUUCAUUGGACAGAAGACAGUCCAAAAUAUCGCUGUCGAUCGUUUUGUGAGUCCCGCCUACGAAUUUGCGAACCCAGUGGAUCAUCCCGACAAUGCCGGUUUUUGUACCCCGGAUGUAAAACACUGUCUUCCAUCAGGAUUCCUAAAUGUCAGCAACUGUCAACAAGGUGCACCAAUUGCGUUAUCGCUGCCACAUUAUCUGUAUGCUGACCCUAAGUACAUACCACCAAAUAUGAAUCCUAAUAUAGAAGAACACCAGACAUAUCUCGACGCACAUAGGUUGACUGGUAUCACAAUGAGAGCGACUAAACGUAUGCAAGUUAAUGUACACGUAACCGCCGACCCGGAUACAAAGAUCACGGAACUUUCCAAAGUGACUGAAGUAUUCUACCCUGUUCUUUGGCUCAACGAAAGUUACGUCAUUGGAACUAAGAAUGCAAAUGAAUUCAAAGAUAAAGUGGAGCGGCCAAUACGAAUCACUACCAUAGUACAGUGGACUGUAUUUGCAUUAGGCGCGUUUAUCCUUUUGGUAGUGUGUAUCCUUGCCAUACGUCAUUGUUCUGAGGAGAAGCAGACACGUGAUACGCAAGAAGAGGAUAACGUGGUAACGAGAAAAAAACAGCCACCGACUGCGUCGUCAUCAGACUCAGCUCGACUUCUACGAGAUGGGCCAAAGGUUAAUUGAUACCACUAAGUGUGAGAUGAGUGUGCCCAUGUGUGUCAGAAUUUUUGCGCCGUUUUCCAACACAUUUUUUUCUUUAAAAUGAUCGUUUUGCUAUAAUUAAAC